AUGGUAGAUAUAAGGUUUCUUGUUGCUUGCCUUGUGCUUUUGGUGCAUUAUUCUUGCGGGGCACUUGCAGUUGGCAACACUACUGUCAAGUGCAGAGUCAAGGAACGACUCACUCUUCUUUAUCUCAAACGUGGCUUUGUUGAUCCCGAUGGCUACCUCUCUUCUUGGGGAAGUUCAGAGAACCACACAGAUUGUUGUGAAUGGCAUGGUGUUUCCUGUGACAGCCGAACGAGCCAUGUGGAUGCACUUCAUCUUCAUGCCCGCAAUUUGGAAGGUACAAUUUCUUCGUCAUUGGCUGAAUUGCAUCAUUUGAAUCAUUUGGACCUUAGCGGCAAUAAUUUAAACCCUCCAACUAAAUUCCUAGACUCCAUUCUUUCUUUGAAGAGAUUGCAAUUUCUCGAUCUCAGCCUCACAAAUUUGAAAGGAAACAUACCUCUCAAUUUGGGAUAUUUGUCUCGCUUGCAACAACUUUACCUUUCGGUAAACCAACUUGAAGGUGGCAUACCUAAAUCCUUGGCUUUAUGCAACUUAACAGUGGUGGAUCUGUCUAACAAUGCCUUGAGUGGACAAUUAGAUGACUUCGUUGCAUCAUUUGACCAUUGUGCCAACAUAUCACUACAGACCUUAAUUUUAUCUUGUAAUCGGUUUACGGGGUCAGUACCUAAUUUCUCACGGUUCUCAUUUUUGGAAACAUUAGAUCUCUCCAACAAUCAACUCAACGGAACUAUAAAUGAUGGCAUUGGAUUAUUGUAA